AUGGAGGUGGAGCUUGAUGAACAGCGUUCACUCACGGACAUAUGUGAUAAUGAAGAAUCAUCAAGAGAUUCAGCUGGUAGUGGAGACUCAUCUUCUGUUCAUAAUGGCAUGCCAACAGAGGUGGAAUUACUACAGAAUGGGAAAGCUUGGGAAUCGAUAGAAUUGCUCAAGGCAAAUAAGGCUAAAUGGUGCAGAUGGGUCUUUAGAAAGAAAGAGCCAAGAGAGAAAGUUGUGUGGCCAAGAGGACUGACAGAGAAGCAUGUCAAAGUUCUGUUCAAGGAACUUGGAGUGACCCCCAUGGUCUGUGAGAUCGACCAAGAUCCUGAAGGCAGGGAAAUGGAGAAAGCUCUCAUGAAGUUGGGCUGCAAUGCGCCUGUACCAAUUGUCUUCAUUGGGGGACAUCUCAUAGGAUCCACCAAUGAAGUCAUGUCUCUCCAUCUAAGUGGCCAGUUGAUGCCACGACUGUUGCAUCCUUAA